CUCUCCCAGAACCAUCAGUUGUAUAAUGUUGUUUCCGGGCGGACGGUUAUAGUUACCGGACUGGUUGGCAGCAGGUAGCGGUAGGCAGAGUUGUGAAAAAUGGCCCUAUCUGAGGACAUGGAUGCCUACCUUCUGAAGCUACCUUGGAAGUCACUACAAAUUGGAAACUGCAGUUUCUUUGGUAAAGUUUGUUUCACAGAUGCUGGUUACUGCUUGCUCCUGUCUGACCUCAGCAGUAUGUGGUGUGAGGAAGCGGCAUCUGAUGUCAUACAGGAACGGUCCAAAGAGUUAAAUAAACGCCUGAAAGCUCCAGUCUCCUCUUUCCUCACCCACCUGUCCAAGCUGAUUCUACCAUUGCUGGAUUCUACAGAGAGUGACCCCGACCGAUUCUCCUAUCACAGGACAGAGGGGACCCUAAUGCUGCAUGUGAAGAGUCAGCUCUCUGGACUUCCAUUUUACUGGGACUUUCACUGUAAAGAGGCUAGCAUCAGCAUGGCAUGCCGCCACCUCCUACGACCUCUGCUUUCCAUGACUAAGGCUCUGGAGCAUCAGUGUCAGCAGCUGGGUGCUCUAUUGGGGAGAAAGGACGCAGAAAUUCAGGAUUACCAGGACAGUGGAGCAGUGCUGACUCGGAGUCGCUUGAGAACAGACCCUUAUGAUGAAGAGUCAUUCCAGCAAACGUUUUUGGCCGAGAAUAUCCAGGAUCUGUGCUCCUCAGGGAAUGUACCGAGGUUCAGUGACCAGCUGCAGCAGUUAUACGGAGCAGUGAUCAAAGCUGGUGGUGGAAGCGAGCAGGCCAAACCUCUGCAUAAACCACGGUCUGUGGAUGAGAACAGUGGCUGUGUAGAAGUGAAGGAAGCUUCAAGUGCUCAAGAAGAUGGUGACAAUGGACAAGGACAGAAGUUGACCCAGGUGCCUGCAGUUGCUGAUCUUACGUUGACACAGUGCCCCCCAGUUACAGUGUCCAAAGCCAAGAAAAGGAAAGCAAAGGGUCUCUUCACAUGAUAGCCCUGCAGUCACCUGGAAAGACAUGGGAAAACCAAUGUAUUACCUCAGUGGGCUUACUUUAUAUUCACCUGAUCAUUCUGUAUUAAUUUUGCUGUCAGCUUGACUCACUGCAGACGUUUGGUUUCCAUUGAAUAAAUCGUAGCCUCCUAGUGGUCAAAAGAA